AUGGAUAGGAAUGCAUUUGGUCGUUUAUGUAUCCUAUUGAGAGACGUUGGUGGGCUGCGAAAUGGUAGAUAUGUGUUUUUAGAGGAACAAGUAGCUAUUUUUCUAAGCAUUCUAGCUCACCACAAGAAAAUUCGUCCAUCUGGUUUUGAUUUCAAGCGGUCUGGGGAAACAAUAUCCCAUUAUGUUCAUCUUGUGCUGAAAGCAGUCCUUAGACUUCAUACCAUCCUCUUGCCUGAACCCGAACCAGUAACGAACACUUGUGUUGAUCAUCGAUGGAAACAUUUUAAGGGCUGUAUUGGCGCCUUGGAUGGGACAUACAUAAAUGUCCUUGUAAGCAACGCGGAUAAGCCACGUUAUCGAUCAAGGAAGGGGCAAAUCUCCACUAACACUCUUGCGGCCUGCGACCGCAACAUGCGAUUCUUGUAUUUUAUGCCCGGGUGGGAGGGUUCCGCUGGCGAUUCUCGAGUGCUAAGGGAUGCCGUUAGUAGAGAUGGGGGAUUGAGGGUGCCCAAAGGAAAUUAUUUUUUGUGCGAUAAUGGAUACGCAAAUUGUGAAGGCUUCUUGACGCCGUUCAAAAAUGUCCGCUACCAUUUGAAGGAGUGGGGCAUCGGUAACCAAAGACCACAAAAUGCUCGUGAGUUGUUCAAUUUAAGGCACAGUAAAGCUCGUAACAUUAUCGAGCGAGCUUUUGCAGCUCUUAAGAUGAGAUGGAGCAUUCUGCCGAGUGCUAGUUUCUAUCCGAUUAAGAUCCAAAUCCAGAUGAUUAUGGCUUGCUUCUUACUCCACAAUUUUAUUCGUGGUGAGAUGACCAACGACCCAAUAGAACAACAAAUUGAUGGUGAUACACAGAAUGGCGUAGUUGAUGAUGUUGAUGGUGAAGCUGAAUAUAUUGAUCAAGUUGAGACAUCUACUGCUUGGACUCAAAUGAGGGAAGAUUUGGCUAACUCUAUGUGGAACAAUGUGUGUAUAUGCAUCUAG